AUGACAAUCACCGUCGGCGUGUUGGCCCUGCAAGGCGCCUUCUUGGAACAUCUGAUACUGCUGCAGAGAGCCGCCGAUUACUUGCGCCGCGAGGGCACUGCAGCCUCUUUCGAGUUUACAGAGGUCAGAAACGCAAGAGAUUUGGCUCGUUGUGAUGCUUUAAUCAUUCCUGGCGGCGAAAGUACAACCAUCUCCUUCGUCGCCGCCCAGUCGGGAUUGCUGGAACCACUGAGAGAAUUCGUCAAAGUCCACCGCAAACCAACGUGGGGAACUUGCGCCGGGUUGAUUCUGCUCGCGGAGGCGGCUAAUGCUACUAAGAAAGGCGGGCAGGAGUUGAUAGGGGGACUCGACGUGCGGGUGAAUCGAAACCAUUUUGGACGACAGGUAGAGAGCUUCCAGGCAGACCUUGACUUGCCCUUCUUGCAUGGCGAUGGCGCAAUUGAGAAGACGCCCUUCCCUGGCGUCUUUAUUCGCGCCCCCGUGGUGGAAAAGAUUCUUCCCAACGUGCAGGGCAUCCAGACGAGCGAACAACAACUUGCUGAGACAGUCGUUGCCCCACACAAGUCUGCCAGAGACGAGCAUGCCCGACAGGCCAUGAGCUCUCACGUCGAUAUCAUGGGAAAAUUGCCCGGUCGCUUGAAGAAAGCAACCGGCAUGGGCCCGGAAGUGCACGCUGGUGAGGAAGUGGGGGAUAUCAUUGCCGUCAAGCAAGGUAACGUCUUCGGAACCAGCUUUCAUCCUGAAUUGACCUCGGAUAUUCGGAUCCAUGUUUGGUGGUUAAGGCAGGUUAUGGAUGCAGUCGGCACGGCGAACGGAGUUUCAUGA